AUGCCUGGCUCGGCACCGCCCAAGGAGUUGGGGGAGAACAGAGAGUGGAAUGUGGAUCUGAUCCCCAAGUUCAUCAUGGCCUCGGGCGACCUCGUGAAGAUCUUGUUGAAGACGAAAGUUUCGCGAUACUUGGAGUGGAAAUCUUGCGAGGGAACCUACGUCUACCAGUACCAGGAGGCCGGCUUGUUCUCGGGUGCCAAGUACAUCCACAAGGUGCCAGCCACCGCCACAGACGGCUUAAAGUCGCCCUUGAUGGGGAUGCUCGAAAAGCCCCGCUUCAUCAACUUUGCGCAGUUCAUCAUGAACUGGGAGGAUGACAAGCCUGGAACGCAUCAGGACAUCGACCCGAGGCGGCACACCAUGGCGCAGGUGUACCAGAAGUUCGGCCUCCAGGAGUCCACCAUUGACUUCAUCGGCCACGCCGUGGCCUUGCAGCCCAACGACAGCUACCUGAACGGGCCCUGUGGACCAACAAUUCAGAAGUGCAGGCUGUACCUUCAGUCCGUGCUCCAGUACGGAGGCUCGCCUUUCAUCUACCCCAUCUACGGACUGGGCGGCUUGCCAGAGGGCUUCUCCCGCCUUGCGGCCAUCCAUAGGGGAACUUACAUGUUGAACAAGUCAGUGGAUGGCUUUGCGUACGAUGACACGGGCAAGGUGUGCGGUGUCAAGUCAGGAGACGAAGUCGCCAAGGAGUGGCCCACGGCGAAGCGGCACAAGUCGGUGCCGUGCCGCCACUACUCCCGCGGUUUUUGCCAGCUCGGUGACAACUGCAACUUCCUCCACGAGCCGUCGCUGGAGGGUGGCCGAGACUUUCUCCACGAGCCGGCGCUGGUGGGUGGCCGAGACUUCCUCCACGAGCCGUUGGUGGUGGGUCCACCGAGAGUAGUGCCGCCGCCAAAGCAAGCAGGCACGCCUGGCACGCUGCCUGCCCCGGUCCCGGUCCCGGUGGCUCCGGUGGCUCCGGUGACUCCGGUUGCUGCCGCCGAAGGAGCGGCUGCGGAGCAGGCUCCACAGCACGACCUCGGCGAGACGGCCCAGGCCCCCACCUACAAGAAGUCCAAGCUAUGUAUCCAUCACACGAAUGGCUACUGCAGCCGGGGCUCCACCUGCAACUUCGCACAUGGAGAGCAUGAGCUCGGGACGCCCCAACCCUCAGCUUCCGGUGCCGGUGCCGCCUGGCGUGCGCUGUCAUCAGGCCAACAGGGCUGGCAGUCGAAUGGCUGGCAAUCGAAUGGCUGGCAAUCGAGUAACUGGCAGUCGAACAGCUGGCAACCGAACGGCUGGCAAGCAAACGGCUGGCAGGCUGGCGGCCACAACGGUUCCGUACAAUGUCGCCACUUCGCCCGCGGCUUCUGUGCUUUGGGUGAGAAGUGCAACUUCGCACACGACGGCCCACCGCCGUCUUUCCCAGAUGGCUGGGUGGUUCGGACCAAGGAGGAAAUCCAGCUCUACAACUUCAAGACAACACUGUGUCGGGACUUUGAAAAGGUGGGUAGCUGCCCACGUGGAGACGAGUGCACCUUUGCCCAUGGUGCAGCGGAGCUCCAGCAGCCAGGAGAGGUGCAGCAGACUUUGAGCAGCCUGCAGAGCGUCCCGAAGGCACAGUUCACGACAGAGGAAAAGCAGCGGUACAACUACAAGACGAAGCUCUGCAGGGAGUUCAGUGCGAACGGGUCCUGUCCCCGUGGAGACAUCUGCAGCUUUGCCCACGGGCAGGAGGAGCUGCAGAAGCCUGGUGCGGUGCUUUAG